CACCGCUCCCUCCUUUUCCUCUUUCCAUGGAUCACAUGCGCGAGAGAGAGAGGAGGCCGAAGGCUGUCGCCGCAGCAUGAAGUAGGAGGCCGGAGACCGGCGCGCGCUCGUGGCCGGUGCUGCAGCGCAACACGGCGAGGCCGGAGGCGGGCGCCGACCAUCACCGGAGGGAGCUGCGUCCCCGUCGAUCUCGCCAUGGCGGCGGAGCUGCAGUGCAGCACAAGCGGCGCCGCGACGUCGCCGGCGGCGGUGCUGCAAUGGAGCUCUUGCCGGCGGAUCCAGGUGCUGCGUUGCAGCACUCGCCGACGGCUGUUGAAGCUGCAGUGCAGCGCUCGGUGCUCCAAUGGAGCUCGCCGGCACUCUCAAAGCUGCAGUGCGGCGCUCGGUGCUCCAUUGGAGCUCUCUCCGGCGGCUCCCGGUGCUAUGUUGCAGGGCUCUCUGGCGGGCUCGAAGCUAUAGUGCAGCGCUCGGUGCUCCAAUGGAGCUCUCACCGGCGACACACGGUGUUGCGUUGCAGCGGUCGGCGGCGGCUCCGGUGUUGCAACGCGGUGCUUUGCCGGCGGCAGCCGCCAUGCAUUACAGCAGCGGCGUGUUGCUGCCUUGCUACGGCUUCGAUGGGCAUCGAAGCAGGGGGUGGCUAAUGCGGGCACGGGAGGAGGGCAGCGGGCGUGUGUGCGUGUGUUGACUUUUUUUCAAGGGCUGAGAUGAGCAGAUCUGACGGUUGGCGACCCGGCUGAUUUCUCUAGGAAAUCAGCCGGUUGAUUUGUAGCAGUCUAAAGAAACGGCCGGUUUGAACUGAUGUGGCAUUUUCUUAUGUUGGAUGAGUCAACAAGCACAGGCCAUCAUUCGCAAAAAAAGAAAAGAAGCACAGGCCACACCAGCAGCCGACGUGCCAUAUAUGCCGCCCCUUGCCCCUUCCGCGCCUUAAGCCUAUUAAUAGGAGGAUUCCGUGCUUGUCUCUCACAGUUUUGCAGAUUUCAGCAGACGGCCAUAGCUUUGACCAUCCCCUUCUUCCUUCAACAUUUGACGGCCGGCAAACUCUUGUCCUCAGCUGAAAUUAGGGUCGCCUGCAGUGCAGCGAAGGCAGACGGCCAUGGACGGCGACAGCCCGGUGAUGACGGACAGCGAGCGGAGGGCGUACCGGUACGUGCAGGCGCCCAAGGUGCAUGGCCUGGGCGGCAUGAAGAACUCAUGGUCCAACGACUCUCUCUUCAGCCUCAGCUACGCCGGCGCGGGGGGCAGGGCCGUCGUCCACUCGUGCGUCUGCGCGCCAACCACGCACCCGGGCUCCUUCCGCUGCAAGCACCACCGCCAGAGCGCCGCCCACCUCGGCGCCGCCGGUCACGCGCAAGCGCAGCCCACGUCUGAGGCCGACGCCGACUCUAAGCGCAACGAGGUCCACGGAGAAAUGUCGACCGCGGAUGACGAGAAGGCGUCGUGAAGGGGACCGCGUGCGUGUGCUUCUUCGCGGGAGAAAACGUACCGUGCUGCUUGGUUACACGUAACCGAUGUAGUACGUGGCAAAGCUUAUUUCUCUGUCAUUUCAAAGACUUUUUUCGUGUGUAAGGAUGUUUAUUUGUUUUUUUUGCGGGUAGAAA